AAAAAAAAAAUUUGUUCUCUCCAGAUCUCAUCCCCACAAAUAUUUUCCGUUUGUUUCCCGGGAAAGUGAUCAUUUCCUCUGUGACGUAGUCAACAACCAUGGAUGCUGGAGCAAAAUUGAAGAAGGGUGCGGGCGGAAGAAGAGGAGGUGGUCCGAAGAAAAAGCCGGUUUCGCGAUCGGUCAAAUCCGGUCUUCAGUUCCCGGUCGGCAGGAUCGGUCGGUAUCUGAAGAAAGGUCGGUAUUCGCAGCGUGUCGGAACCGGUGCUCCGGUGUAUCUCGCCGCCGUUCUCGAGUAUCUUGCUGCAGAGGUUCUAGAGCUCGCUGGUAACGCAGCAAGGGACAACAAGAAGAACCGCAUAAUACCACGGCACAUUUUGCUAGCCGUGAGGAACGACGAAGAACUCGGGAGGCUUCUACAAGGAGUGACAAUUGCGCAUGGAGGAGUGUUGCCCAACAUAAACCCUGUUCUCCUACCAAAGAAACCCGAAAAGACUGCAGCUGCUGUGAAGGAGACCAAGUCGCCGCCAUCAAAGGCAGCCAAAUCUCCUAAGAAGGCAUAGUACCAUUCUGUGUUAACUUGAAAAAAAAACCUCUACCAACCGACCCAAUGUGUAUGUUUGCUCUGUAGAGACAGUAACAUUUAUGUGGAGUUUGUGUUAUCAUUGUAUGCAGCUGCAUAGUUCUCUGCUUGUCUUAACAAACAUCUGAAGUUCAGAUUCUGAUUGUGAUCUCAGACUCGGUGUUCACCGAUUUGUUGGGUACUAGUGUUGGAACUUGACAGAA